GAUGAUGACAAACGUUAAAAUCUGAGAAUAAGUUUAAAAGGAAAUGGAGCAACUCAAGCGCCAAGUUAAAGUUCGUCGUGACAGCGGGAUUCCUUACAAAGGAGAAACACCCGGAAGGUCCGCGACCCGGAGGCGAGAGAGAUAUGGGAGACUUCUGACUGGCAAAUGUUAUGAGUCUUUACCAGAAAGGAUAGAGGAAGAAGAAAUAAAUGAAUCCAAAGUCAAACCAGUUAGUGCUUCUGUGCCGUUUACUAAAAACAGACAAAGCCAACCUGCUUCAUGUGUUCCAUCGGUUAUUAAAGCGUCCGGCCAACAGAACUCGUCAGGAAAAGCUUCCCCAACAGUUACGGUCCAACUCAUCCCAGAGGUCUCACGAUGUGGUGGGACUCCAGAGAGAGGGGCGUCUUGCGUCAUGGAAACAGAGUCAACUUUAAACUCAGAGGAGGAGGAGGAGGAUGAUGAUGACGAUGAUUAUGAUGAUGACGACGACGAUGACUAUGAUGAUGCUGAUGCCUCAACAACCAUUAGCAACUCAUCCUCCCCAGAGAUCUUCAGAAAGGAAAGGAGUGUGGACAUAAUGACUUUUCCCAGUAAGGACAAGUUGCUGGGUUUUCAUCUUCAUGUGAAAAAUUCCACCUUGCUGGAAGACAGCCAUGCGGAGAAUAUUCACUCUCAUCAUCCACCCAACCUUUCUACCAUCAUCGAUGCUUCUAUGAGUUUAGCUGAGGAAAAGUGUGAGAUGAGCCACCACAAAACUCCUGAAGAUAAAGGAAAAAUAAACAUAAGUGCAAGUAACUCAGAUCAAGCCUUUAAGAAGGAAACCUCCCCAAAACUCUCAGAGAGGAAGCCAAUUACCUUUAGGAAGAAGGUUAGGUUCAAAAGCCUUGAUGCAACUGAGAUUCAAAAUGAGAAAGAAAUCAAAUCCCCUGCAACAAGUGGAAAAAACACCAGCAGUCCCUCAAGACCUCUGCAGAAAAUAAAACCUCACCCCAUGACAUCCAGAAGAAAUGUGACCAGCUUUAAAGAUCAACCGUUACCGCUGGCUGUAAAAAGGCCUGGAAGAACAUGCUCAGAAAAAGCAACGUUCUUUCAGUUUGUGAAUGAUGACGAAAGAAGAGCCUUUUUUCAAAAAAUGAAAGAAAGAUCUGUCAAACUUAGUAGUGCUGUUUUCUUUCCUUUCAAAUCAGGUAUGCAAACCAAGAGUUAAACUACAAUUCAGAAUGAGAUGCUUAAAUGGAAAUGAGCAGUGAAGGAUGAGGAGUUGAAUAGAUGUUGUGCAAAGCUAGAUACGAGCUUCAGUGUGUAAUAUUUGAAGGAAACAGGUAACAGUUUCAAACUUAUCUUUGUACUUGAACAUGAUCUAAGAGAGUU